AUGGACCCAAACCGGAGCGAGGCGGCGCAGCCUCUCGUAGCGCUGGCGCGGAUGCUGGAGGGGAUGGCCCAAAUGCAGGAGAGGCAGGCGGCCGUACACGCAGAGCAGAUGGAGGCUCUGCGUGCACAAGCCUCCCUCCAGACCCAGGCGCUGCGACAGCUGGCUGCCGCCGGGGAAACCAGCUCCCGGGACCCGCCGUCCCGAUCCCCUCUCCGGAUCCACAUACCCAAGAUGACAGCCGACGAUGACAUCCAGGCAUUUGUGGAGAGUUUUGAGGUGGCAGCGGAGGCGUGCCAGUGGCCCCACGAGGAGUGGGUUGUACACCUCCUGCCCCUUUUAACUGGGGAAGCCCAACAGGCGGCGCAUGGUCUGCCGCCCGGAGCCCGGGCGGAUUACAAGACGGUGAAGAGGGCGAUACUGGACCGACUGGGCUGCAGCCCGGAGGAUUAUCGGCGCCGGUUCCGGACGGCGAAACUGGGGGCGGAGGACCGUCCCUUCGCAUACGCCCAAAGGCUAACCCACAUGGCCCGGCGUUGGCUACAACCGGAGAUCCGGUCCGCGGGGGGCGUAGUGGAGCAGGUCGUACUGGAACAGUUCCUGGAAGGGUUGCCGGAGGGAACGGCGAAUUGGGUGCGCUGCCAUCGCCCGACCAACUUAGAGGGGGCGGUUACCCUGGCGGAAGACCACCUCGUGCUAUACCCCAGCGUCCAGCAGCAAGCACGGCCGGAACCGGCGCCCAGGAGGAGACCCCCUCCUCGUACUGGCCCCUCCCCUGUCCCCAGGGCUCUGCCCCCUCCCUUUCCUCAAACUAAUCCCCCCUUUUUUCCGAUUCCCUCUCCAGGUCCAGGCUCAGUGGCGGGGGGCUCCGGCUCGCAGAGGGCGCCUCAGACGCUCGGACCGGGGUGUUGGCGGUGCGGGCAGCUGGGUCACCUGCGCCGCGAUUGUCCACUUAUGGAAGUGGGGCAGGUGGUCCGGGUGGUCGGGCCGCCCACUUCCGCUCCCGAUCAGGAGGGAGCGUACUGCAUCCCGACCGACGCAUCGGACAGAGGGCUGGGGGCUGUUUUGACCCAGCAGGUGGAGGGAGUCGACCGCCCGGUGCUGUACCUCAGCCGUAAACUAUCCCAGCGGGAGGCGAGGUACAGCACGGUAGAAAAGGAGUGCCUCGCCAUCCGGUGGGCGGUCGGGUCCCUGCGCUACUACCUGCUGGGUCGCCCAUUCACCCUCUGUUCGGACCACGCUCCCCUCCAAUGGCUCCACCGCAUGAAGGAUACCAACCCGCGAAUCACCCGGUGGUAUCUGGCUCUACAGCCCUUUAAUUUUAAGGUGGUUCAUAGGCCGGGGGCGCAGAUGGUGGUGGCGGACUUCCUCUCUCGUGGUGAGAACAUUGAGGAGAUGAGAAGGAUCAGGGAUGCCUUUGAUGACUGA